UUGAGGCAAAAGAGCUCUGCACACCCAUUUCCUCUGCCUGAACCACCCCCAUUCUGGGAACCAAGGCUCUCCCCUCCCCUCCUCCCUCCCACCCUGGCCGGCGGCCGCAUUCCCCUUCCCCUCCUCUGCUCCGGCAACCAAGACAAGAUGGCUCGCGGCGGCAAGAAGGCGAGGGUUGAGUCGCCGGCGGCCGACAUGACUCUCGGUGAGGACGAUCUGCAGGUCAAGGAAGAAGAGGAAACCGGAGCGAUGGUGGGGGUGGCCGCCGCCAAUGCCGCCGCCCCGCGAGUGGAGAUCGUCGUCGAGUUCGACAAGUCCCUGCUGGACUGCCCUCUCUGCUCCCUGCCCCUCAAGCCUCCCGUCUUUCAGUGCCGGGCGAAGCACGCGGCGUGCGGCCCCUGCGCCGCGAACCACGCCAACAAGUGCCCGGCGUGCGACGGCGCGUACGAGCGCGACGAGGGGGCGGACCGCUACCUCCUGGCGGUCAGGGUGCCCUGCCCCAACCAGGCGUACGGCUGCGGGAGCUCCGUGGUGUACUGCAUGGCGGGCGACCACCGGCUGGUGUGCCCCCACGCUCCGUGCCGCUGCCCCGAGCCCGGAUGCGGCUUCCUCGGCCCGCCGCCUGCGCUCCGCGGCCACCUCGCCGAGCGCCACGCUUGGCCCGUGACCGACAUCACCUACGGGUCCGUGCUCGAGGUCCAGAUGCAGGCGGUGGAGCAGGGGCGGCGGCUGCUGGCCGCGGAGGACGGGGAGCGGCUGUUCCUGCUCGUGGCGAGCGAGCGCGGCGUCAAGGUGGUGCGUGUGGCCGCGCCUGCGGAGGAGGAAGGCUGGUACAGGUGCAAGGUGUGGGUGCACGCGCCCGUGGACACGGACACCGGCCACAUGGACGUCCAGAUGCUUGACGGCAAGGUGGAGAGCUGCGCGGUGCCCUCCGUGGAGGCGGCCAUGGGCGCGGGUGGCAGGUACCUGCCGGUGCCGUCCGACGUGCCGGCGCCGGAAGGAGGAGGGAUCGUCAUCCGUCUCCGCAUCGACAAGGAGGUGAAGGUCAGGGCGAGCAGGAGCCCCCGUUCCCGUGCCUGAUUGGCUUGCCAGCUUCGCUUCUUUAUCCCUUAUCUACCAUGGUUGGACAUUGGUGAUUUGGUAGUGAACUGGUGGUAGUGAUCGAAGGUAGUGAACUGGAGUGAUUAAAGGUUGGACCUUGGUUGGGCUUUGAUUGAUUCUGUCCAUGGCAAUGUUUGCCAAUGUAUGGCGCAGGCUAUAUAUGCAGCUGAUCAUUUUACUCUA